CUGCAGACAUUGGCAGGCCACCGCGGUCCCAUUACCUCUCUCGACUUUUCGGAGCCCUACGGCGCCCUCGUGUCGUCGUCUGGCGAAGAGGCGUCUCCUCUCGUCUGGGAUCUCUCCUCGGGCACGCAAGUGGGCCGUCUGCGCGGCCACACGGCCGGCGUGCGUGCGCUGCAGGUCGAGGAGGAACUCUGCAUUACCGGCUCGCAGGACGCCACGGUGCGCCUGUGGGACCUGCGCCGCGUCGAGGAUUGGGAGACGCGCCUGGAGAUGAAGAAUGGAGAGGAAGAGGAGCAGGAGCCGCACGUGCGCCUGGCCGCCUCCGCCGACGCCGCGGCAAAGGACAAGGAAGAGUGGAAUCCGAUGCUGCGCAAGCUCGAGGGCCACACAAAGGCGGUGACGAGUCUCUAUUUCGACGAGGGCUGUCUGAUCACUGGCGCCUCGGACAAGACGCUGCGUCAAUGGGACCUCAACACUGGCCAGUGCGUGCUGACGAUGGACAUUCUCUGGGCCGCCUCUGGCGCCGAGGCGGCGCUGCACUCCUGGGAGAUGUACACCGACUUUGUGGGCGCCGUGCAGUUCUGGGGCUACGCUCUUGCCAGUGCCAGUGGAGAUGGAGCGGUGCGCAUGUGGGACAUGCGCACGGGACAAGCGCACCGCACGCUCUUGGGACACACAGCGCCCGUCACCUGUCUGCAGUUCGACGAGACGCACGUCGUCUCGGGCAGUCUGGACAAGUCGAUUCGCGUG